CUCUUCGUCACUCGCCACUGAGGUCAUGUUCUCUGCCGCCUUCCACUCUUGAGUCUUUUGCACCACCUAGUAUAGAUCAGCAACUGCGGAGGCUUUGGCAGCGGAAGAUGCAACUUGGACCGUAUCAAUGCAUCCUGGUAAGCAGUGACAUCGCCCUGCCGGAGUACGGUGUCGAGGUGGAUGAGGCAAGCAAUGAGGCGGUUUGCUGGAUUCCAAGCGAUGAAGGCUCUGCGUUUAGAGUGGAAUGUGCUUUUGGGGGCAUGGUGCACGAGACCGACGGGAUUCGCAUGGAGCUCUAUGCCGAUGGGGAAAUGCUUGAUACCAGGAUUGCCGUUGAUACCAAUGAAACCGUUAUGAAUGGCCUCAGGACUAACAGCUGGAACGUUUUGCCAUAUCUGUUCAAACCGGCGGUGAAACCAACUGAGGAUUUUGACGAAGAUGAAAUGGCUGUGGAGGAACUUGAUGAUAUUCAAACAUGGAGGAAGAGAGGCGUCAUUACAUUGCGGAUGACACGCGUGGACGUUCUCUAUCUCCAGCCACUGAAGGAUCACGAACCGAGCUCGCAAAUGCCUGCGCAGGAGCGCCUUAAGACUGUUCUAGUCGGAGAGAAGGGUCACUCACCGACGAAGAAAUCAUCAAGGAAAACUGUAUCUUGGGCAUGGGGAGAAGAUGGCGACCGUCCCUGCGCUACAUUCCACUUUAAGCAUCGUCCACAAGAGUGGUUACAGGCAUAUGGUUUUGCGCCACGAGACAUCGUCAGCGACCUCGACUUCAACUCUUUCAAUCUCUCAGGCGAGGCCGACUAUGUAACCGAUAUGAAGAGAAUGACACUCCACCACCGAUCGCGAGUAACGUCCUGAAUUGCGGCGGCUUGGAACUGUAUCUCAUCCAAUUCUGUAUGGCAUAUCUCAUCGAUCUUUCUGGCUCAUUUCAAUUUUCCCCAUUGUUCUUCUUCUGGAUACCACAAGCUUGGGAUUCCCAACUGUCAAAUUCAAAAUAGUUUUGUCGACCUUGAUACAAUGCAUUUUUUCUGCAUUCCC